UCCACAUUUCAGUUAUCCAACCAGAUUUGAGUUUGCUGUUACUAUGAAGAAUUAAGUGGUCGGACGCUUUGAAUGGCGUUACUAUGAAAAUAAUUUAUAUGAAUGAAUUGCGAAGGCCACUUUCUCGUGGUCACAACAGCACUUUGGUUGUCUUUGUAAUGCUACUGUGUUCGGAAAGGUUAGCAGCUACAGCUAACGUAGUUUACGCACACAGCAAUAGAACCCUAAAGCUAAAUAGCGACGUGACCGCUAAUCUUCAUGAGGACUAAACAACCUUCAAAUGGCUAUUACAGUGUUGGGAGUCGGCACAGGCGUUUUCGUCAUCACUGCUGUUUGGAUAGUGACUUUUUUGCUCUGUUUGAUGCUUCUGAGAGCGUCUGGAUCAUCAAAACCGACUGGAUCACUGAUGCUAGGAGUUGUCCCAGUUUUCAUUUUGGCUCUUACCAUUACCCUGGGACUGGUGUUUUUCCCUCAGAGCCCAACUACCCCAUCUGCUUUCAGAGAGACAGAGAUUGUGGACACUUUGUUCAUCGCUCGCUAUGUGUUGCUGGCUUUAAUAAGUGUCCUCUUUCUCUGCGCCUUGUUCCUGCUACUCCCCUUUCAUUUCUUGGAGCCUGUCUAUGCUAAAGCUUUGAGAACAUACUAGAAGAGUUGCCACCGGAUCACAUUGCUCAUGUAAACAACCUAAAAGAAGAGAAGCCAGCAAGAGGCCCAGUUCAUCUUUGUUACAGACUGCGGAACCAAAAUAACGGGACUUUCCCAUGGCCAACAUUCCAUGUAUUGCAGGUAAAAACUGGAGAACUAUGUAGUGGUUUGGGGAUGGUGGUUUAAGUCAGUAUGUUCCUAUUGGAUGCAUCUACACCAUUACUCACAUUAGGUCAAUGUGCAUUUAGGUACUGUCUUCCUUUUGAAAUGUUUUGUUUGCUUGAAAUGUCUUUUUACGU